AUGGGGAGACUUGGUGGUGGCGUAUGUGUGUUGGCGGUGGCGGUGGUGUUGGUAAUAAGUGCGUUUGCGGCCAAAGCAAACGCCCAAAGCGCGUCUAACGUAAGAGCGACUUACCAUUUCUACAAUCCUUCCCAAAACGGUUGGGACCUUUACAGAGUGAGUGCGUUUUGCUCGACGUGGGAUGGCACCAAACCGCUCGAGUGGCGUCAGCGUUACAGUUGGACCGCGUUCUGCGGUCCGGUUGGUCCACGUGGUCGCGAUUCUUGUGGGAAAUGCCUAAGGGUGACAAACACGGCGACGGGAACGCAAGCGACGGUGAGAAUAGUGGAUCAGUGCAGCAACGGCGGUUUGGAUUUGGACGAGGGCGUUUUCCGACAGCUUGAUUCCAACGGUCAGGGUUACGCUCGUGGCCACCUCAUCGUCAACUACUCCUUCGUCAACUGCUGAAAUA